AUGGAUGAAGAAGUUAUGAUAGAACUCCAGUCUUGUAUACUCGGUUUAAAUAUAACAGAUUUAAAAGAUUUUGGUAUAAAAAUGAAGUGGCUCACAGUUGAGACAACAGAAGGCAAAGGGAAAUUCGAACUGAUUAAGACUAUUCGCACUGCUUUUGAAGACGAAGCCAGCGAGUGUGAAGAAAACGGUUUUUUAGACCUAGUGGAAAAAAUUAAAUCGCUUUUGUAUGAGCAAACUUUAGACAAAAGUAACGAAGACACAGAGAAAGCCGAGAAGAAUAAACAAGAACUGGUAGAACUCGAGACACAAUAUGAACAAUUGUCAAAGGCACAAGAGGAAUUAAAACAGAAGAUGCAACUAUUAGAACUUGCCCAGAAAAAGUCUAACUUGUCGAAUAAACCAACCGAAAAGCCCGAAGCCAAAGCAAGUACCAGUGGUGAAACUGAACUGUCUGGUCUUAAUGCAAGUAUUUUUCGAAGGGAGUUUAAGAUACAAGGUCAGAUUGGUGAACCCGGACAGAAAGACAAAUUGACCUAUCAGUCGUUAAUCUCGCAGAUCGAAACCGGGUUAAAGAAAGGCUAUACAGAGCCCGAAGUAGUUACUGCAGUUAUUCGCUCCAUUCAAGCUGGAUUACAACUACGCAGCUACUUGGAGGGACUGAGUGGAUUAACACUGCCAAAACUGCGUAAAAUGCUCCGUUUCCAUUUUCAGGAGAAGAGUGCCACUGAGUUAUACCAGCUCUUAGCGAAUAUUAGCCAAUCACCAAAGGAAGACCCGCAGUCGUUCCUUAUUCGCGCUUUGACCACUCGACAAAAGAUUGUCUUUGCAUCACAGGAAUCGGACAGUAAAAUUAAGUAUGAUGAAGAAUUGGUUCAAGGACUAUUCCUUCAUGCUGUCGAAACUGGCCUAGCGGAUGAGACUAUUCGUGCAAAGAUCAGACCCCUGUUAAAGAAUCCUUCUGUGGCUGACGAAGAUUUAAUCGAAGCGAUGAGCCUAGCUAUGUCGGCAGAAUCGGAGAGAGCUAACAAAUUUACACAAGGUAAACCGGUUAGACCGUCGACAAAGAUAUCAAAAGUGGAAGCUGGGGCCAGCGGUGAACCGAAGGAAAACAAUCCAAGUAACCAGCGGGAAAAUCAGAUCCUGGCUACACUCAAGGCCAUACAGUCAGAACUGAACACUGUUCAAUCGGAAGUGGCAAGCCUCCAGAAGAAAGUUGAUGACAAAGACUACCCCAGUAACCAUCCUGCUGAAGGUGCAGCCAGAAGUGACAACAUGUCGCGACCCAGAAGUUUUUACCCCAGACAAUGUAAAUCGUGUUACGAAAACAAACAAAUGGAUUGCUCCCAUUGCUUUAAGUGUGGCGGACCCAACCAUACUGCACGCUUCUGUCGGUCGGGAAACGGCCGUCGGCUACCCCCGCGGGACAGGGAGUAGCCCCUUCAGUAAAGAACACGUCCCGCUAUUGUAACUGUUGUCAGAAAGAAGAAAGAAAUGUAAAUUUUAAACGUUGCUCCGCUUGUAAGUUGGUAUAUUAUUGUUCGACUGAAUGUCAGAAGAGACAUUGGAAUGACCACCAAUCACUUUGUAAAACUAUUCAGGGCUUACCAAAGCCACAGGGAGAACAUGUCAAAGGACUUGGUGAUAGUUGUGACUCUAGUGUUUUUGUUAGUCAUAUAACCCCUAAACAGCAAGCUGCGGUUGCAAGAUUAGUUGGUAGAAAAUGUUCUGUUAACUGUUGCCUAAAUAAUUUGAAAGUAACAGCCCUAUGGGAUACUGGAGCUCAAGUCUCUAUAAUUACCGAACGCGUCUUGAAACAACAAUUGCCUGACUUGGAGAUACGGGAUAUUAACGAGUUACUGGGAGUGGAUUCUGAUCUUAAGUUGACCGCUGCUAACGGAACUACAAUACCUUAUAAAGGUUGGGUCGAAGCAAAAUUUCGGCUAGACGGUGAAAACGAGAAAGAAGUAACUGUUCCUUUUCUAGUGACGGAGGAACAUUUAGAUCAGCCAAUCAUUGGCUACAACGUUAUAGAAUUAUUAGUCAAAGACAAUGACAACCAGUCCAAGAACCCCAGUUUGGUACAGAGUUUAACCAGUAGUUUUGAAAAUUUGAAAGAAGAACAUGCGAAACAAUUAGUAAACCUGAUUGAAACGAACGAUUCAGAUUUCCUUUGUGAAAUUAAGUCAAUAAAACGGGACAUAGUCAUACCAAAGGGCACGACCGCCAGAGUACCUUGUCGGGCAAACACAGGCAGUGUCACCACAACGAUGCCAGUGUUGUUUGAGCCAGAUGAACAAUCACAAUGGCCUUCUGGUUUAAUUAUUCAAGAGACCCUUACAACAAUAAAAAGGGGAAAGUCAACCAUUUUAGAAAUUCCUGUAUUCAAUAAUACACAGCAUGACAUAAUGUUAUCGAAACGGACAGUAUUAGGGCGAAUCCAACUGGUUCGUUCAGUUACUGAAGUUGAUGUGAGGUUGAAAGAUAGCGAAGACAACGAAGGGAGAGAUGUUAUGGCUCAGUCGGAAGCAUCGACAAUAGGAGGGAAGGGACAUUAUACAAAUCAGGAAGAAAGUUUUACACCAAAAGUCGAUCUCAGUGGACUCACACCAGAACAGCAACAUGUCGCUCGGAAAAUGUUGUACGAAGAACGUGACGCUUUCGCCAAAAAUGAAGAUGACAUUGGUUGCAUACCAGACCUGCAAAUGAACAUCAACCUGACAGAUACGCGACCGGUGCAAAAGAUCUAUACAGCUAUCCCUCGUCCCCUGUACCCUGAGGUCAAGCAUUACCUCGAGGACCUGCUCAACAAGAACUUUAUUCGCAAGUCUAAAUCACCCUAUUCCAGCAGCGUUGUAUGCGUGAGAAAGAAAGAUGGGGGAAUGAGGUUAUGUGUUGACUAUCGAGAGUUAAAUAAGAAGACAGUGCAAGACCGCCACCCAAUCCCCAGAAUCCAGGAGACAUUGGACAAUCUUGGAGGCAAUGCAUGGUUCAGCACGUUAGACCAGGGCAAAGCUUACCACCAGGGCUUUGUAAGCCCCGAAUGCCAACCAUUAACAGCCUUUACAACUCCGUGGGGAUUGUACGAGUGGGUAAGGAUACCAUUCGGUUUGACGAACGCACCCGCCAGUUUUCAACGCUUUAUGGAGGGCUGUUUAGGAGAUCUACGCGACCAAGUGUGCAUCCCCUACUUAGACGAUGUAAUUGUGUUCUCAAAAACAUUCGAGGAGCACGUGGAACAUGUUCGACAAGUCCUCCAGAGGUUGCAAAGCCACGGUGUGAAACUAAAACCUAGUAAAUGUAAGUUAUUCCAUAGAGAAGUUUCCUUCCUUGGUAGAGUGAUAUCGAAAUCCGGAUACUACAUCGAUCCGAAAGCCACCGAAGCCGUGACAAAAUUAAAGGAUAGCAUACCGAAAACCGUAGGUGAAGUUCGACGACUCGUGGGCUUACUCGGAGUGUAUCGUCGCCAUAUCAAAGAUUUUGCCAGGAUUGCAAAACCCAUAUACGAAUUGUUAGAUGGAAAGCAUCAGAAAGUGAGACCACCACCAACUAAUGGUCAACUCCCAUCGAAACAUCCAAUAAAAUGGACUACGGAACAUGGAACUGCAAUGAACAAGCUAAUCGAGUGUGUUACAUCACCACCCAUCUUAGCAUAUCCUGACUACAACACCCCAUUCGUAGUUCAUACCGACGCUUCACAGCACGGACUCGGAGCGGUUUUAUAUCAAAAACAAGAGGGAACUUUAAGGGUAAUUGCAUACGCCUCACGUACCUUGACUCCAGCCGAGCGUAACUACCACCUCCAUGCAGGGAAAUUGGAAUUCCUUGCACUGAAAUGGUCAAUUACGGAACAAUUUCGUGAUUACCUUUACUAUUCCCCUCGAUUUAUCGUUUACACGGACAACAACCCUCUCACAUACGUCCUGUCGACGGCAAAGCUAAAUGCAACCGGACUGCGAUGGAUUGGAGAGCUGUCAGACUUUGACUUUGAAAUCAAGUACAGACCUGGAAAAAUUAACAUUGAUGCCGACAGCCUAUCCCGAAUUCCAGGAGAUUUUACGAAAUAUAUGGACUCCUGUACGCGGACUGUCUCUCACCAAGAAUUUAGUGCUGCUGGUUCCCAGAUUCGUUCGAUUGAUAACGGUAACACUGUAUGGAUAACAUCAAUUACAGAUCAACCAGAUGUUUUGGAAACCGAUAAACGUCACUUGUCAAAUCGAGAGAAUACGAGUCAAAUUAAGAUGGUGGACAUUGCAAAAGCUCAAAGGGAUGAUCGGACCAUAAGCAGAUUAUUAUGGUAUGUGAACAGUAAGACAAAACCGACCUUCGAUGACCGACAACAGGAGACCCGGGAAGUGAAAAGACACCUUCGAGAGUUGAGUAAAUUACACGUGGAGAAGAAAACCGGCAUCUUGUAUCGUGGCCAACAGAUUGUAUUGCCGCUUCAGUAUAGACGGUUGGUGUACCAUGAACUCCAUGAGGAAAUGGGACACCUUGGAACGGAACGCGUGUUUGCUCUAGCUAGAGAACGAUUUUUCUGGCCUGGUAUGAGGACGGACAUUGACCAUUACAUCAACCAUGUUUGUCGUUGCCUGAAACAAAAGAAACCAAGUGUCAACACCAGAGAACCACAACAGUCAAUCACCUCGACAGCUCCAUUCGAAUUGGUAUCCAUAGAUUUCGUACAUCUGGAACGCAGUUCGGGAGGGUAUGAGUACAUACUUGUUAUAGUCGAUCACUUCACGAGAUACACCCAGGCCUACCCAACUCGAAACAAGUCAGCCCACACCGCUGCUGAAAAGAUCUACAACGAGUUUAUCCCACGUUUUGGAUACCCUUCUCGAAUCCAUCAUGAUCAGGGUGGAGAGUUUGAGAAUAAGCUUUUCUGGAAACUAGAACAACUCUCUGGCAUUUCCCACUCACGAACGACUCCCUACCACCCCCAGGGGAAUGGACAGGUUGAGCGAAUGAACCGGACCCUUUUGAAUAUGUUGCGAACCCUGCCUGAACAAUACAAAACGAACUGGAAGGACCAUGUUAAUAAACUAAUCCACGCUUACAACUGUACGAGACACGAGGCUACCGGGUAUUCUCCAUUCUUGCUACUCUUUGGUAGGACGCCACGUCUCCCCAUUGAUCUCAUGUUCAACUUGCCAGAGAAACAAGAAGUAACGGGAUAUCCAGCCUACGUAAGAAAAUGGAAGACAGCGAUGGAGGAAGCGUACAAGCUAGCUUCAAAAUCAGCUCAGCAAGCCGCGGAGAAGGGGAAGAAACAAAGCAACAAACGUAUUCGAUCAACAGUCCUUUCUCCAGGUGAUCGCAUACUGGUGAGAAACCUUACUCCACGCGGAGGUCCAGGAAAACUUCGAGGAUUCUGGGAAGACGAAAUCCAUGUAGUAGUGUCCCGAAAAGGCCCUGAAAGCCCUGUUUAUGACAUAAAGUCAGAAUCUGGACGUGGAAAAAUAAGAACACUACACCGCAACCUAUUAUUACCCUGUGAUUACCUCCCACCAGACCACGGCGUACAAAUUAACGAAUCGGUCAAAACGAAGAAGAGUGAAACAAGUGAAGGAAGAGAAAAGCUAAAACCGAGAAAACAGUUUUCUGCAAAUGACGAACAAGUUGACACAGAUUCAGAUUCGGAGGGAGAGGAGAGACCAUCUGCACUGCCAAAUGAUAUGAAAGAACUGAACGCACAACAGUCACAGCACACUGAGCACAGUGAAACGUUCGAAGACACCGAGAGAAAUGCAGUGACACCAAGUGAGACAAGCGAACAAGACGGAAACCCCACAGUGGAAGAACAAAAUCUCACAGCAGAGAAUACUGCAGGUGACAUUACAACGGAGAACCCAAUCACCCAAACCCCAUCGACGACGAAUGAACAUGAAAAUGUGAUCCAAGCGGGAAAUAACGGCGAAGAAACUGCUAGAUUUUAUCCGCGACCACAACGAGUUCGACAGCCGCCAUCACGUUUUGGAUAUAACACACCCGGAAAUCCAGCGACUGGUGUGUUCAAUGUAUGUCAAAACCCCACCGUUGGAAUGAUGCAGACCUGCGGCUUCAUACCACCACAACCGCACCUAUUUUACGGUUACCCACCAACUCAACCACCAUUUGAUUACCCACCAACCCCACCACCGUUUGGUUACCUACCAACUCCAUCACCAUUUGGUUAUCCACCAACUCCACCAUUGUUUGGUUACCCUCAAAUGUACCAGAACCAGCCAAUGUUUGCGUUUUAG